UGUGAGUGUAUACCGGCGCGUGCGCAGUGUGACAUGAAAUUUACGGCAUUCUUCUUGCUGGUGGCCGCCAGCCAUGCAGCUGAACUCAGAGCAUCUAGAAAUAAGGAAAAUACACAAGAAGACAAACGAAGUCUUGUCGAAGUGAAUGCUAAUAUUGACAAAAGGGCGCCCGCUAUUUCUACUGUUGCACCACCCGUUACACCAGGAAUCGAAUACGCUGCCACCAAGGAUGCGCACCAAGACAGGUCACCAUCACAGCAAAUCUACGCCACUCCUGUGCCACAAAUCGCAAAGAUAUCAGAUGUGCUGACGGGACAGGGACCCCCGUUCCAGGCUGCCAUUGCAAGCCAUCUAUACGCCCCCGUGUCGAUUUACCAGCCUAGGCUUGGAUCUCCCACUACAUACGAGAUAUCUCCGCCGAUACAAUCUCAAUUAGCGUACUCCGAACACAAGAUAUCAUACCAGCCACCGCAGAACGCUAUACAGUACACACCGCAAACACAAUACGAGCAAACUGCCAAACUAGUACCUUUAAACCAAGUAAACUUACAACGGGUUAACCAACAACAGCAAUAUCAGCAAAUAUUUGUCCAACCACAGCCAAUAGUGUAUUCCCAACGAUUGGGCCAACCUCAACAAAUAUCUGCCUACCAGCCUCUGUCACAAAUUAGCUACCAACCUCGAUUAGCCGUUCCACAAAAUGAAAUUUUGAGGCCUAUACAAUAUAUUCAGAGUGCUUCGCCCUCCGUGGCAUAUUUGCGUCAGCAACCACAGACACCACAAACAACCAACUCGGUGCCAGUUAUUCAAGCACAAAAGCAAUUGGUACUCGCAGCUCAGCCAGGAAUUACGUAUGUCCAAAAAUCCAAUGUUGCCCAGAGCCAACCAGCUGCUCAAGCAGUUUUGCCAACCCCAGUUCCAAGACAGGCUAAAGAGGUGGAAAAGGAUGUGCCAGAAUCUCAGCAGCAGCAACAACAAGCGACUAUCCCAUACCUUCGAACCCCAGCUCCGAUCGCCUAUGCUCAACCUCAACAAGCAGUUGCCUAUACACAACCGCAAGAACCAAUCGCUUAUGCUCAACCACAAGGAGUAAUCUACUUGCAAUCUCAAGGACCGCUUAAUUACAAUGACCUACAGGGAGCUAUAAGCUUCGCCAGCUUCUCACAAAGUCAGCCAGCCCCAGCCAAUCAACAAAAACCCAGAGAACAGCCUCAGUACCAGACAGUACAAUAUCAAGCACCACAGAGUCUUCUAGUAAAAGCUGAGGCCACUCAGACCUCAUCCCAGAAAUCAGCAGUUCAAAAACCAGUACCGUACUUGCGACAAAGGACCGCACUUCCUCAAGCACAGCCAAUCCAACCCCAAGUUUACUCCCAAGACCAAUUGCUACUACCAAAUACAAACUACAUUUCCUCGGCUUUAUCGGAAACACCAUCUUUUCCACCCGUUCAAUAUUUUGGCAAAUUCGCCCCAUCUAUCUUCAGCAGAUAUAGACGUUGAUUAAAGAAAUAUAUAUUGACAAUUUCUUGAUCAAUCAUUUUGUGUUAUGAAUGAAACACAUUUACAUGUGUGUGUGUUAUUUAUGUAUAUAAGAAUAUAUUUGUAGGAUGUCAAAAUUCGAACAACACUAGUUCUUUUUGCAGUAGAAACAAAAAAAUAUUAUAACAUAACAGCAGCGAGAAUUAUAAAUAUUAUAAUAUAUAGCAUUACGAAGAAAGUUAAGUUUGUGCGUAGUUAAGUAAUCGAAGUUGUAAAGGUGCUAAAAGUAUUUUAAGUUACUGUGAUGCCAUAAAUAGAUCUUUAUUUUAAUUGUUUUG